UGUUGCGCCUCAAUGCAUUUCGAGGAGAACCAACUAGCUCUGAGUUCGAGCGGCAUUUCACCUCUAACCACAACUCAUCCACUGAUUACUCAACAUCAGUCGAUUUGAACAUUCACUUAGUUUCACUCAAACUUCAUCUUGAUCAUGGAUAAAUCACCUCCAUAAGCAGUAACAAUUGCCCUAUAAAAACUCGCUUUUGCUACGGCCUGCCGGAGCAUCAAAGUUUCCCUGCUGGCUGCUGCGCAUCCUAUCUCGCUAACUUUCGACUCUCUCUGUGACGGGCGGCUUGAUUGCUUUGGAUAAUUCACGCAGGUGCACAAAGAGUUGCUCUUGUUAAUUUCGGAAGGUUCUUAUAUGCUUGUUGUGUGCUGGAAGCCUGGAACUUGAAGUUGGACUUUCAUCAUAUCCCCUUUCACUGUAAUGGAUCCUAAUGGUUCUUCCGAUGAAAAGAGUGAAAGUAGAAUCUACAUUGGUAACCUUGAUCUGAGAAUAACGGAGGCUGCUCUAAUUAAGAUGUUUUCUCCGUUUGGGAAGAUUAUAACUGAGGACUUUCUGUGGCACACUCGUGGCCGAAAGCGCGGAGAGCCACGGGGUUUUGCUUUCAUUCAGUAUAGCAACAAAGAGGAAGCAAGAUUGGCCAAGGAGAAGAUGCAUGGGAGACUAGCAUGUGGACGUCCACUGGUUGUCCGUGUUUCCAGUGACAAGUACUUGGUAGAACCAGCAGACAAUUCUUCCAAAGGAGUGGGCGAGGCAACCAAAACAAGCGUUUCUGGCACUAGCUCAGGACAGACGAGCAGGAGCUCCAAAAUAGCAGCAAUCAAGAACAAAUUGAAGGCUCUGGAGGAGGAGGGCUACAGCGCCAAGAAGCAGAAGCAAGAAGCCGACACUUCCAUCGACAGAAGGUAACAAACUAGGACGCUAAAAUCUGCUCGAUUUCAAGUUGUAAUCUUCCUAAACUUGGUCCAGUUGAACACAAUAGUGAUAACAUGGUUGAUUCUGUUUCGGGAUUUAUGAAACAUGAGAUGUAAUAAUACAAUAUUAACAGGUACAAAACUAUCCAGCUUCUGGAAUUAUUUUGUUGA